AUGGACUUUAAUGAUAAAGUUGUACUAAUUACUGGCGCAAGUUCUGGUAUAGGAGCUUCUACAGCAAUACACUUCUCAAAACAAUCAGCGAAAUUAGUUUUAGUGGGCAGAAAAGAAAACAAUUUGAAAAGAAUAGCUCUAUAUUGUGAAAAAUCAAAUGGAAUAAAACCAUUAACCAUCACAGCAGAUUUAACAGAAGAUUCUGAUGUUGAGAAAAUUGUCAACGAAACAAUUGAGCAUUUCGGAAAGUUAAAUGUUUUGAUAAAUAAUGCUGGCAUAAUAGCAAUGGGAGGAAUAAAAAACUCCAACAUGGAAAUAUAUGAUAAAGUAAUGUCAACCAAUAUGCGUGCCGUAUAUCAGUUGACGAUGUUGUGCUGUCCACAUCUCAUUCAAAGUAAAGGUUGCAUUGUGAACGUAUCUAGUGUUCUCAGUAGUAAAGCUAGUACUAUGUCUAUACCAUACAGUAUUUCCAAGGCUGCCUUAGAUCAUUUUACUAAGUGUACUGCUUUAGAAUUGGCACCUGAUGGUGUUCGUGUUAACUCAGUCAAUCCUGGUUUUGUGAAGACAAACAUCCUGAAAGAUACCGGAUUAACUGAAGAUCAAUUAGAAAUGCACGCAAAGAAUGUCAUGAGUAAAAGACCUCUCAAAAUAGCAGUCGAAGCCGAUGAGGUGGCCAGUGUUAUUGCAUUUCUUGCUAGUGAUAAAGCAAAGAGUAUUACUGGUACUAUAUCUGUAAUCGACGGUGGAAGUCUGUUAGUU